AUGAGCAGCGUAAAAGAGGGCAAGACUGGUGUGUUUGAGGACGAGUUCUCCAUCCGCAAGGCAAAUGCGAAGAAACUUGCAGCCGGUUACACCAAACAGAAGCGUUUUAUGGAAUGUUGUUAUCUUUCUUUUGCCACUUACUUGUGGUUUACACAAUUUAUUAUUGUGGCCCGUUAUUUUGUUCACAGCGGUGAGGUGAAUCUUGUGCAUCUUGCGUGGAGCCCACUGAUGGUCUUUUUUGCCAUGACGCUGGCAGACUUUAUUGGCGGUAUGGCCCACUGGGGACUUGAUACGUGGGGAACCCCCGAGACGGUGGUCUUUGGUAAAUUUAUUCGUUCCUUCCGUGAGCAUCAUGUGGAUCAAGUAGCCAUGACCAAACAUGACUUCAUUGAGACAAAUGCCGAUACGACGCUUCCACUUAUCCCAGUGUUGCUUCUACAGCGUUACUAUCUUUUCUCUGCCAAUACACAUGGCAACUAUGAAUACAAUAUUGACAGUGAAAACGUGGGUAGGCAUGUGUUUCUGCUAACACUAACCAUCUUCAUCGCUAUUACCAACGAAGUGCAUAAGUGGUCACACAUGGCAAAGCCACCCGUCUUGGCGCGUUUUUUGAUGAGAUGUCACCUCAUUUUAACCCCACGUGUGCACCGAAAACACCACCGCGGAAAUUUUGACAUUAGCUACUGCAUCACAACCGGGUGGCUGAACGGGUUUCUUGACGCUGUCAAGUUCUGGCGUUUGGCAGAGAGCGUCGUGACGGCUCUCACAGGAGCGUUACCACGCGCCAACGACCAGAAUUUGUUGGGAAAAUAG